UGUGACAAGUCAAUGGAAAAAUAGAAUACAACAAAUGAAGAAGCAAUAAUAAUUCCCCCACGAUAUGUGUGAGGUGUGACGCGUAGGGACAAACAUGCAGAGUACGCGGAUAAUUCAUAACCGGGCAACUUGGGCCACGGAUAGUUGACAAGCGACCGGUGAUGGCCUGCAGAACCAUGCCCGGUGUCUCCGGAGUUAGAUUUUGAACUUAUUGUUUAGAAUGAGAGACUGAGAGGAAGUGACUGGUGACGAAAUGCUUGUAGCAGAAAAAGCAAGCAGUGUGGAUGGAAGAGUCGAGUGGAGUAGACUGGUGAUGAAGCGUGUUCGUGAUUAGUUAGUAUACAUAGUUUAGCCUGGUUUUAAUAAAAUACAUUUGUACGCAGUCUUGUUUUCACGAAACAUUCCAAUCCCACAUAUGUUCCUUAUCUCACCAUUACCCCUCUUCGCACGUUGCGUGCGAAAGUAACUGCGAGUACAAUUCGAUAAACUCCAGAUAUCGAUAACUUUUCAUAGAAAGCAAAUAUAACAUCUCAAGGACGAGACACUUAUGAUGGAUUACGGGUGCUCGUGUCCCAAUCAAAUGGUUACAAUUGUAUCGAUCAAAAUAAAUUAAUCCAAGCAGAUUGUAUCUAAAAAUUAAAAUACUGGAAGCAAUAAUGAUAAGUUUCGAUUGAGUUUGCAUCAGAAUCGAUAUCUACCCUUCUGCGGAAAAAAGUCGACGUAUAAAGGACGAAUCCCUCAAUCUUCUAUCAUUACGAACAGAUAUUAAUAACAAUAUUUAAUCUUUUUAUUAAGGGAAUAUUCCUACUUGAAGGAACCUUACAUUUCUGAAAUUCUAUUAAAUUUCAAGCAAAUUUCGACCCGUCCUCUUUCUUACGUUACCAAGAAUAUUUUACUGAAUUUAUACAUGCAAAGAAUUUUCGUGUUCACCGUGUUUCAUGAGAUCUGUUCCGUUACCAGUCGAUUUUUUUCGUAUUUACUGUUAGUCGAUGAUUUGCUAAUCGUCAAUAUAUGUCCGUCCAUUAUAGGCUGCUUUAGAUGGUUAUGGGGUAAAUGCGAAGGUGUCAACCCGAAUCGUAAUUUUGGAUACCAUUGGGCUGAAGUGGAGGAGGGAGGGACGAGUUUGGACCGUUGCCAUGAAGGCGAUGGCCGAGUACAUCCUGGCCAACAAAGAGAAGAUUAGGAUGUACUUAACAUUGCACUCCUAUUCGCAAAUGUGGCUGGUGCCAUGGGGAUACACGUACUCGAAACCCUCCGACUAUUCCGAAUUAGUGAGUGCAGCGAAAAAAGCUAUCGGUGAAAAUUUCGGAGGUACGACAACGACGAGAGUAAAUAUUUCGUCUAUGUAAACUAGAAAAUAUUGGAUCGUUAUCGUUUUCUGGUUGAUAACUAAUUAGUGGAGCACAAACGAUACCGCCGUACUCGUUAACUAAUUAAAUUGAUUGCUAUUACAUCCAUUCGAUAACCUAGAUACGAAGUUUGCUUCUUGAGAUUAUGGUAUUUGUCACGAUGAUAUAAUAUACACAAUAAAUAGGGUCAUUUUCAAGGUCAAUACACAUCAUUUCUAUAUGUUUAUUAUUACUUUUUUAUUGAUUUACCUUUUCACACUAAAAAUUUCAAUGAGUUUCUAGUUUUACACACCAACAAUUUGAAAUUCACCUGUAACAAAAAAUGAUAGGGCUCUAAAUAUUUUUGCUUCAAUGUGAUGUUUGGACCCUUUUUGGUACUAUUUAACUUUAAUUUUUUAGAUGCUUCUGAUGAUGAGCCAAAGGUGUAGCUGGAAUAAAGUACGCCUACACCCUGGAGAUUUGCGAUUGUGGUACUUACGGAUUUCUUCUUCCAGCGAGUCGUGCCCACAGCUCGCGAAAUCUGGGCUGGGAUCAGGAUGAUCGCUCGUCUAGUCACUUGCAACACGUAAAAUUCAUCGUUAGUAAAGAAAUGGUUUCAGCGUACUGCGGACUCAUGAAUCGUCUCUGGUAUCUGUUUCAAUCAGAACCUAUAUCGUUAAUUUGUUAAUAUCGUAAUAAAGAUCUGUCUGGACUGAUGUUGAUAACUGCUCAACAAAUCGUAUAGAUAAACUGUCCGAUCGUUAUCGAUGAUAACGCUGAAUUUCGUUUCUUUACAACGUCCUUGGAGAUACAGUGUAAAGUUCAGCAGAUUGGAUCUUGUAAAACAUCAUCGAAUUGAUUACCAUGACUAAAAUAAUUACUAGAACAUCAUUUUAAUGAUAUGACUGAUUUUAUCCAUGAGCGAUCUGUAAAUAUUGUAAAUUCUCGGUCUUAGCAUCAAUAAUGUGUAAUUAAAUGUUGAUUAGAGUAUGGUGUAAUUUAUGUGUCAUGUAUUUAGUUAAGUAGGAUGUAUUUAUUUAAUAAAAUUUAAUAAAUACACAGUAAGAAAAAUAUCUUUAGGUAUAAUAUUUUUGGAGUUUCCAUGAUUGCAAUCCAUUUAACAAGUGAACAGAAUUACCUAUCAAGUAAUCAAAAAAGAAACACGAUACUAGAUGAUAAUCGUAACGUACUCGUUGUGGGCAGAUGUAUCUGCUAUAAAAAUAACAUCAAGAGGACCCGUUAUCGAUUACAAUUUUGAAUUAUCACUAGAUAAUGAUGUGUAACACCAUAUAUAAAUCGUAGUUUCAACCUGAUCUCAGAAGUUACUUCGAAACAAGCGAGUAACAAUGU